UUUUUUUAUUCAUUCCAUCUAAACCCAAUGAAUUUUAUUCAAUAUUCUCCCUUUAUUUUUAUUAUUAUACUAAUUUUUAUGCCUCUAUUCUCUCUCACUUUAAACCAACAAGGGGCUAAAUUUUGUAAUUUUCCAAAGCCAACUGGUACUAUAGUAACUAGCAAAACAUUUUUUAUUAAUGGCAAUGACCACAAAGAUUUUGGAGGACAAAGAAUUAUAUAUAAUGGACAGAAAGGGACAUGCAAUCCAAACAUUCCCAAAAAUUGGGAAUCUGUAAUUAUUAUACAAGAUGGGGGCAGUGUAAGCAAUGUGAUACUUGGAGCCUCCCCAGAAGGAACAUCUGCUGAUAUUUGUUGUUUGGGCAGUUGUAACCUAACAAAUGUUUAG